AUGCCUACCAUCACUGUGGACAAGGCUGCCCUCUUCCAGGCUCUGGGGAGGGACUACACGACCGAAGAAUUCGACGAACUCUGCUUUGAUUUCGGAAUUGAGCUCGAUGAGGACACCUCGCUGACAGACCGACCGAUUGUCAACGGCAAACAGGAGCCCCCUCAGUUGAAAAUCGAAAUCCCUGCCAAUCGAUAUGACAUGUUGUGCUUCGAGGGUAUUCAACUCAUGCUGAACAUCUUCAAUCGCAGAGUGGCCGCUCCCAAAUAUGUCCUAAAAGCGCCAUCCAAAGGGGGAAUUCAGACCAUCACAGUCUCAAAGGACUGCGAGAGGAUACGGCCCUACGUUUCUGGGGCCAUUUUGCGAAACAUCAAGUUCGACCAGGCCAGAUACGAGUCUUUCAUUGAUCUGCAAGACAAAUUGCACCAGAACCUGGCUCGACAGCGGACUCUGGUCUCAAUCGGAACCCAUGAUCUUGACUCGAUCCAGGGUCCGUUCACCUACGAAGCGCUUCCUCCCAAGGACAUCAAAUUCGUGCCAUUGAACCAGAACAAGGAGUUAGAUGGCGAGGAACUCAUGCAGUUCUACGAAAAGGACAAGCAUUUAGGCCGCUUCCUCCACAUUAUCAGAGACUCCCCCGUCUACCCGGUUAUCUAUGACUCCAACCGUAAUGUCUGCUCCUUGCCUCCAAUCAUCAACGGUGAUCUCAGUAAAAUCACUCUCAACACCAAAAACGUCUUUAUGGAAGUCACGGCCACGGACAAAACCAAGUUAGAAAUCGUCGUCAACAUGAUGGUUACCAUGUUUUCUCAAUACACCUCAGAUCAGUUCACAGUCGAACCAAUCCAGAUCAUCUCUGAACACAACGGUCAAUCGAGACAAGUCCCUGAUCUUACACCUCGCUCCACAGUGGCUGAAGUGGACUAUAUCAAUGCCUGCUGCGGUCUCUCGCUAUCACCGCAGGAAAUUUGCGAUCUCUUGACACGUAUGUCCUACGCAGCGCGUCCGUCAAAGUCCGAUGCGAAUCUCAUCGACGUGGAUAUUCCUCCUACACGUGCAGAUAUUCUCCAUCAAGCAGAUAUCAUGGAAGAUGUUUGCAUCGCCUAUGGCUUCAACAAGCUGCCGCGCGCGUUUCCCAAAGUUGGCGCUACCAUCGCGGCACCACUGGCAAUUAACAAACUCUCCGACAUUCUGCGUCUCGAAGCCGCCAUGGCGGGCUGGGCAGAGGUCCUUCCGCUCAUCCUCUGUUCGCACGAUGAGAAUUUCGCGUGGUUGAAUCGCAAGGAUGACGGCAACACUGCGGUGCGGUUGGCGAAUCCAAAGACGGCGGAAUAUCAGGUCGUGCGCUCGACGUUGCUGCCAGGAUUGCUAAAGACUAUCCGUGAGAACAAGCAUCACUCCAUCCCCAUCAAGAUCUUCGAGGUCAGUGACGUCGCCUUCAAGGAUGCUAGUUUGGAACGCAAGGCCCGGAAUGAGCGACACUUCGCUGCUGCAUGGUACGGCAAAACAUCAGGCUUCGAAGUCGUUCACGGCCUCCUCGACCGCCUCAUGGCCAUGCUGAAGACGGCCUUCAUCACACACGAGGAAGGGCUCGAGAUACGUGGAGAUGGAGCAGGGAACGGAAAGAAAAUGGAAUACUGGAUCCAAGAAUUCGACAACGCGACGUAUUUCCCUGGUCACGGAGCGAGUAUCCACGCAAGAAUUGCCGGGAGAGAUGUCGUUAUCGGGAACUUUGGGAUUUUGCAUCCGACGGUGUUGGAGAAGUUCGAGUUGAGAUAUCCAGUCAGUGCGUUGGAGUUCAAUGUUGAGGUGUUCUUGUAA